AUGGACUGGACGCCCAUUCCCUUUGCAGAUACGAGACGAUCAAAGGAGGGAAAUCAACAAAUAGUCGCACAAAAGGGAAACGGCCCUUUCUUGAAUCUUACGAAUCAAACAUUCCCCUCUGCCAAUAUCUUACUCAUAUUUGCCUGUGAGAUUCGGAAUUCCAUUGUCGGCCUCCACAGCUUCUGCUUCAUUUGGUCCAGUUGUCAUCCGUCAGCAAUCAUCCCUGCCCCCCAACUAGGUACCUUCACGUACUGUGGUAAUCCUGUCUCCGCCGCCGCGAAGGAACACCCUCGCGAAAAAAGAAAAAAAAGUGACCCAGCCGGAAGACGACUCUCCUCCACUUCGCCCUCCUCCCUAACACUUUUCUAUCUGUCUGUCUACUCCGUACACCUGUCCCCGUCGCAUCGACACUACUACGGGAGAAGCACCACCGAACCGAGCCACCAAUUCCUAACACCUAGGCUCUGGCUGUCUGCCGUCCAUAAUCCUCCGAGCUUCUACCUUACCAACCAGGUCCUGUAUCGACCUGCCCUGCCCACGCAGCAAAACACCUUCCCCUGGCUGGGUUACCUGUACAGCCUCACCCUGAAUUCCACGAACCACCAGAAGCCAUUCUGCCUAUUCCGAAGAGAGAGAGGGGACCCCCUUUUUCGGAUACAUCGACCCCCUUCCCCAACACCUUUAGCGAAUACUUCUUCUUGGCUAUCGCGUUGUAACCAGACGGCUCGUAAACAAUUCGCCGCCUCUUCGUCCUUCAGCGAUCGCAGGCCAGCACGUUCACAUCAUCGACGCCGCUCCUCUGCAUCUGGCGGUCUUGCAGUCAACGUUGACGGCCCAGGCGACCGUGGCUCUCCCCAAUUCCUGGGAGUCCACGGCCAGCAGCCUGGUCUUGCGCCAAUUCCAGUCCGGCCCGUGGUACACCUAUUCGCAUAUGUCUACGUCUUCCAACCCCCCGUAUACCGACAUGCCACCGAUGUGAAUACGGGCACCCCCAACACCGCAAUGUCGCUCUCGCGCAGUCCCUCGCCUAUACCUGGAGGCGGUUGGGCCAGCCCUGGCCUGACCAUCAACACCAGCGGUCGAUCGAGUCCGAGUAGAGGCUUCUCAGCAUCCAACGGCGCUUCCACCCCUUGGGAGAGCAAGAUGAGGACCGUUGGUAUGAACGGAUACCCGUCCUUUUCUACCCAGAACCAAGGCUUCUUCACACGACACAUGCGCCGGAUAUCAAGCAGCCUACCGCGGUUCAACAACCAGAGUCCAUAUGUCGAGAAGGAGAAGGACAAACUGGGGCGAGGAUCAUGGGCGGCACAGAAGGUUCCCCUCGUGGGAAGGAUACGGAACAUUUUCGCGCGCAUGGGCAGGAAGAUGAAGCUGCGCCUGCUGAUCCUGCUCCUCUUCACACUCGCGAUGACCAUCUUCUACAACACUCCUCUCGUCUACCACUGGCGAAGACACUUUGGUGGAGGCCAAAAGUAUGUCAUUAUCUUGGCCGCCAAUAUCGGAGGAGGUGUCAUGGAGUGGAAGGGGGCCCGUGAAUGGGCUAUUGAGCGAGACAGUGUACGGAACAAGAAGAAGUACGCCAACCGAUGGGGAUAUGAUCUUGAGAUCGUAGACAUGAGCACCAAGAAGCGAUAUGCACACGAAUGGCGCGAGAGCUGGGAGAAGGUCGACUUUGUGCGCUCCGCCUUCCGCAAGUAUCCAAAGGCUGAAUGGGUUUGGUGGCUCGACUUGAAUACCUACGUCAUGGAACUAUCUUAUCCCUUACAGAACCAUAUCUUCAACGACAUAAGCAAACACGUCUACCGCGACAUCAACGAGUACAACCCUCUGAACAUUAGCCACCCUUUCACCGAUCCUUACCUGGACGAGGAGUCCCGAAGCCCGAUUGGCGAUGGAAAGGCUGAAUCGGUCAACCUGAUCCUCUCCCAGGACUGCUCUGGUUUCAACCUCGGCUCCUUCUUCGUAAAGAGAGGCAAUUGGGCUGAUCGCAUGCUGGAUGUCUGGUGGGAUCCCGUCGCCUACGAGCAGAAGCACAUGGAAUGGGAACACAAGGAGCAGGACGCUCUGGAGCAGCUCUACAAAACGCAGCCCUGGAUCCGCAAACACACGGCCUUCCUCCCUCAGCGCAUGAUCAACGCUUUUCCGCCAGGCGCUUGCUCCGAGAACGGGAACGACACUCGUAUCCACUACGACCAGAAGGACCGAGACUUCCUCGUCAACAUGGCCGGCUGCGAAUGGGGUCGCGAUUGCUGGGGUGAGAUGUACAACUACCGCGAGCUCAGCUAUUAUCUGAACCGCAAUCCGUGGGAACGUUUCAAGGAGGAUCUCAUUGCUGUCAUCUGGGAGAAGAUCACCGGCCAAAAGGUCAAGCUCUGA